AUGGCGGCAUUCAGCGCAGAGCGUUGGCUGAAUGACUUACCAAAUCAUGCCAUUUUCAAAAUUAUACGAGACAAGUUGGAUUCAGAGACCAACGGCAAUGACAGAGGGGUCGUUAAAAACCUCACGUUUUGUUUGGGCGGAGACUUUUUCGUGUGGGACGACGCGGACCGCUUGUUUUACACGACCAACCUGCGGCAGUUGAACUCGGAUGAGAAUCCCAGCAGCGGGAAGUAUCAGACGUUGCUGUGCAUCAACCCUCCGCUGUUCGAGGUGUGCCAGGUGUUGGUGAGUCCCACGCAGCACCACGUCGCGCUGGUCGGGCAGCGGGGCGUCUCGGUGCUGGAGCUCCCUCAGCGGUGGGGCAAGAGGUCCGAGUUCGAGGGCGGACGGGACAAAAUCAACUGCAAAACCAUCCCGGUGGCGGAGCGCUUCUUCACCAGCUCGCCGUCGGUGAGUCUGCGGCAGGCGGCCUGGUACCCCAGCGAGACCGACGAGCCCCAUCUGGUCCUGCUCACGUCCGACAACACCAUCCGGUUUUACGGCCUGAAGUCGCCCCAGACGCCGGCCAAAGUCCUGCCGGUGUCACAGUCGGAGGAUGACAGCAGCGUUCACCGUCCGGUCCGCUCCUAUGCUGCGUCUCUGGGAGAGAUCGCGGUGGCGUUUGAUUUUGGGCCGAUUUCGUCCCCUCCUCGGGAGCCGGCGGUUCAUCGCUGCAGAGAGCAGCAGUCCUACCCUCUGUACAUCCUCUACGAAAACGGGGAGACCUAUGUGAGCUACACGAGCCAGGCAAACGGUGUGAGUGUGCGUAAACCUGUUGGACCCCUCCCCAUGUACCCUGCAGCCGAGGAUAACUACGGCUAUGAUGCUUGUGCCAUCCUGUGCCUGCCUUGUGUUCCCAGCAUCCUGGUCAUCGCCACAGAAACAGGCACCCUGUAUCACUGUGUGGUUCUGGAGUCUGAGGAGGAGGAGGAAACGGGGGCAGUGGAAAAGUGGAUCCGGGGCACUGAGGCGGUUCCGGCUCUGUAUGUGUUUGAGUGCGUUGAGCUGGAGCUCACACUUAAAGUGGCCACCGGAGAGGAUGAGGAGCCUCAGGAGUUUGAUUUUACCUGCCCCAUCAGACUGCACAGAGACCCGCUGUGUCUGCAGAGGUACCACUGCACCCAUGAAGCAGGAGUACACAGCGUGGGGCUAAUCUGGGUCAACAAGCUGCAGAAAUUCCUCGGGUCCAGUGAGGAGGAUAAGGACAGUCUCCAGGAGCUGGCUGCUGAGAAGCGAUGCAUCGUAGAGCACAUUCUUUGUACCAGACCGCUCCUAACCAGUCAGUCAGCUCCGGUUCGUGGCUUUUUGAUUGUGUCUGACCUCUCCCUGGGCGCCACCAUGAUCUGCAUCACCAGCACCUACGAGUGCAUCCUUCUGCCCCUGCUGAGCUCCAUUCGCCCUCCCUCCCCUCCUCUACUCUGUUCCCAUUCCGGUCCCGGCUCGGCCAGCUCCCCUCUCCGUGGGCUUGCCGACGACUCCUUCGAGCUGCACAUCCGCAACAUCCUGGCACGUAGCUCCACCAAUCCUCUUGUGCUCAAAGGAGGGGACAAGGACACAUCACCGCCACCUCCCGAGUGUCUGCAGCUCCUCAGCAGAGCCACGCAGGUCUUCAGGGAGGAGUACAUUCUCAAGCAGGACAUGGCCCGUGAAGAGCUGCAGAGAAGGGUGAAGCUCCUGACGGGCCAGAAGAACAAGCAGCUGGAGGAGAUGACUCUGUGCAGGGAGGAGAGGAAGAGCUUGAGAGAGGCAGCGGAGAGGUUGGCCGACAAGUACGAAGAUGCAAAGUAUCGCCAGGAGACCAUCAUGAACAGGGUGAAAAAAGUGCUGUGCAGCCUGCAGAGCCAACUGCCCGUUCUGUCAAACAGCGAAAAGGAUAUGAAGAAGGAGCUGCAGAGCAUCAGCGAUCAACUGAAACACCUGGACAACUGCAUCAGACAGGUGAACAUGAAGAUGGACUACCAGAAGACACAGGUGGACAAAGACCUGCCCGCAGCCAGGACGACGGUUUCCCUCAACGCCCACCAGAAGAAGGUUGUUCAGGACGUCCUCAGAGAACAGGGACAGCAAAUCGGUGACAUGAUGAAGCAGAUCAAAGACAUCAAAAACCAUUUCAGCUUCUAAGCACCAAAGAAGCCACUAAAAUGUUUCACAAGAAAAGUUGGGGAAAUCAGUCAAAUCAGAUUCUUGUUUUGAAUUCAGUUAUUAAAUGUUCCUUUUUGUGACAUUUAAGGAGAAGCUGUAGUGAGUCCUUCAGCUCUAAGUGAAUGUGCCAUGUGUGGACUGUGGACUCAACAGAUAUUUUUAUACGCACCAGUAUAACUUUAUCUUUGAUACAUGUUGUUUGUUUCUAAACAGUAACACAACAGGUUUGCCUUCGUUGUGUUGCAGAGCAGUUUGCUUAUUUUGUUACUCCAAUAUUUCUGAAUGUUAAGGGUUUGAGUCAGAAUGUGCCAUGUGUGGGCAGGUAAGCCGAGGAAUAGUCUGAGCUAAGCUAAACCUGCCGAGUUAUUUUUCAACAUGGUUUUGUAUAAAUAAUAAACAUGAAAGUUUCUCUAA